AUGGCCAAAUCCCGCGAGCGCAAACGGCGAAAAAUGUCGGGUACAAAACGACGUACCAUCCUUCUCAUUCUUGAUAUCAACGGAACGCUGUUGGAGAGAGUCAAGAAAACGGCAGAGAAAAGAGCCGCAAGGGCGAACCCACUUUGCCCUGAAGCACCAAACUUUCGACUCAACAGAGCAAGAUGCUACUAUCGCCCGUAUUUGGACACAUUCAUCGAUCACAUUUUCCAACACUUUGAGGUCGCAGCUUGGACCUCGGCAAUGCCAAAAAAUGCGGAUCCUAUGUUCAGCCAUAUUUUUGGUGAUUAUGCGUCGAAGCUGGCAUUUGGAUGGAACAGAUCGCAUUGUAGCGAUAUUGGAGGUCGAGAUCGGGACUGGGAAGCAAAGAAAGAUCUUCGCAAAGUGUGGGCUGAUCGGACUGUCAAUCCACACGGACGAUGGACAGAGCGAAAUACCAUCUUAAUUGACGAUACAUCGUCAAAGGCAUCCUUCACUCCCGCAAACUGCUUGCACCUUCCAACGUUCACAGUGUGCGAUCCCAAUUUUGAUUGCAUAAACGAUACCUCGCUGCUAAGUUUGAUAAAAUACCUGGACGCGCUACGCCAGAGCGAUGUGACGGAUGUACGAGAAUACUUUAAAACGCAUCCCGCAUUCCAUGUCGCAGACACUGGAAAGGCAACGCACCCGCAUGAACAGUUUGCAAUACAGGAUACUGAAGAUGAAGAAUUGAUUUCGAGAUUUACCAAAGAUCGCCCGCGGCUUGCAGAUCAUAGUUUGUCUUCAAGUGACGAGGAGAGGCCACCGUGGGCGGCGCAGAAUGCACAUCAGUCAAGAAUGGAUAGAACAACACAUCCUCAGCCACCCUUUCAAAGAUUCGAGCCUCAGCAGAGUAGGGGUUAUCACUCACAGGCGUAUAUGCCGCAACAUUUUGGUUACCAUCGGCAUAGAUCAGACGACCUUUCAGUGCAUGAAGGACAAACACAUCGUCAAUCCUAUAGAGAUCGCGAAUCCUUUCAGAGAUUCGAGUCUCAGCAGACUUGGGGUUAUCACUCACAACCCUAUGUGCCCCAACAUUCUGGUUACCAUCAGCAUAGAUCAGACGACCUUCCAGUGCAUGAAGGACAACCACAUCGUCAAUCCUAUAGAGAUCGCGAACCUGGACACGAUUCAUAUGGAUUUUAUCAAGGUAGAACUGGCACAUCUUCGAGACACCCUGUCACGACAAGCGAUCAAAGAGACUUCCAACGAUACGAAAAUGGAAGGCACCAGGACGUUUUCCACCCAUCGACAGCGCCACCAAGUAACGGAAGUGAAGGUAAUUGGCGCCAGCGUGCGGAUAAUGAAGGCAGCCGCCCGGCAAAGUCCGGUAAGGGAAAAAAAGGAAAAACUCAACCGCCGCGUGCAAACAGUAAAGGACGCGCAUAUCGAGGUGGGAAAUUUAGCAAAGAAAAGAGAAAGAAGGGCGGAGGAUGA